GAGGAGGCGGAAGUUCCCGCGGCUGGUGAGGGCGGCGCACGCACCACAGAAUCAUUUGUCAGCGCUCGUCUGAGGCGGAGGCAACGCCGCGCGGGACCCGAGUUUCACACUCUGGGAUUGGACUCUGAACCACUAAAACCAUGAGCAACUACAGUGUGUCCUUGGUUGGCCCAGCUCCUUGGGGUUUCCGGCUGCAAGGUGGCAAGGAUUUCAACAUGCCUCUGACAAUCUCUAGUUUAAAAGAUGGUGGCAAAGCAUCUCAGGCAAAUGUGAGAAUAGGCGACGUGCUUCUUAGCAUUGAUGGAAUAAGUGCCCAUGGAAUGACUCACCUUGAAGCCCAGAACAAGAUUAAGGGUUGUACAGGCUCUUUGAAUAUGACUCUGCAAAGAGCAUCUGCUACAUCCAGGCCGGAACCAGUACCUGUUCAAAAGGGAGAACCUAAAGAAGUAGUUAAACCUGUGCCCAUUACAUCUCCUGCUGUGUCCAAAGUCACUUCCACAACCAACAUGGCCUACAAUAAGGCACCACGGCCCUUUGGUUCUGUGUCUUCACCAAAAGUCACAUCCAUCCCAUCACCAUCGUCUGCCUUCACCCCAGCCCAUGCCACCACUUCAUCACAUGCUUCCCCUCCACCUGUGGCUGCUGUCACUUCUCCCCCAUUCGCUGCAUCUGGACUGCAUGCUAAUGCCAAUCUUAGUGCUGACCAGCGUUCACCUGCAUUGAGCGCUGGUAAACCUGCAGUUAAUGUCCCACGGCAGCCCACAGUCACCAGCGUGUGUUCCGAGACUGCUCAGGAGCUAGCAGAGGGACAGAGAAGAGGAUCCCAGGGUGACAGUAAACAGCAAAAUGGGAAAACCCCACCUAAACGCCCACCGAGGAAACACAUUGUGGAGCGUAAUACAGAGUUUUAUCACAUACCUACUCACAGUGAUGCCAGCAAGAAGAGACUGAUUGAGGAUACUGAAGACUGGCACCCAAGGACGGGCACGACUCAGUCUCGCUCUUUCCGAAUCCUGGCCCAGAUCACUGGGACUGAACAUAUGAAAGAAGCUGAAACUGAUAAUACAAAGAAGGCAAACAACACCCAGGAGCCUUCUCCGCACUUGGCGCCAUCAGCAGCGUCAGCACAGCGUAUGCCUGAGAGGCCGGAGAGCCCAGCCUUCGCCAGACCAGGGGUGGCCGGGCUCACAACUGCUGCUGCCUUCAAGCCUCUGGGGUCCACCAGCGUUAUCAAGUCACCCAGCUGGCAGCGGCCAAGCCAAGCAGCACCUUCCACUGGAAGAAUCUCAAAUAGUUCCACUUCCUCAGGAGCAGUGGCCUCAGCCAACUCCGCUGGGGGGCAGCCCCAGCCAAGCGACCAGGACACCUUCGUGCAAAGAGCAGAGCACAUCCCAGCAGGGAAACGGACUCCCAUGUGCGCUCACUGCAACCAGGUCAUCAGGGGACCAUUCCUAGUGGCCCUGGGGAAAUCUUGGCACCCAGAAGAAUUUAACUGUGCUCACUGCAAAAAUACAAUGGCCUACAUCGGAUUUGUGGAGGAAAAGGGAGCCCUGUAUUGUGAGCUGUGCUAUGAGAAAUUCUUUGCUCCGGAAUGUGGUCGAUGCCAAAGGAAGAUCCUUGGAGAAGUCAUCAAUGCUUUGAAACAAACUUGGCACGUCUCCUGCUUUGUGUGUGUGGCCUGCGGAAAGCCCAUUCGUAAUAAUGUUUUCCACCUGGAGGAUGGUGAGCCUUAUUGUGAGACGGAUUAUUAUGCCCUCUUUGGUACUAUCUGCCGUGGAUGUGAAUUUCCCAUAGAAGCCGGAGACAUGUUCCUGGAAGCCCUGGGCUAUACCUGGCAUGACACUUGCUUUGUGUGCUCAGUAUGCUGUGAAAGUUUGGAAGGUCAGACCUUUUUCUCCAAGAAGGACAAGCCACUUUGCAAGAAACAUGCUCAUUCUGUGAAUUUUUGAAAGUCAACAGUUCAGGAGAAGAGAAAGAAAUUUGAAGAGAAAGAGAAGAAUUAAAAUUACCAAUUGAUUUUUAGAUUUAAUAUUUAUAUGGAUUUUUGAAAAAUAAUGGUAACCCUGAAGGGAUAAAUUCCAGCUUUAAAAACCAAAUCUAUGAGGAAAUAUUUGGCUUCGUAACGUAAGGAGACAGUUUGACAUUUGUUAUUACUUUUUCCUUGUAUUUUCUGCCCAUAAAGUAACUUUUAUAAAAACCAAUUUCCUGGUUGACUAUUAAAUUCAUCUUAGAAUAAAUUAGCAAAGAAUUGAAUUUUAGAAUAAAAACUACAACUUCUAUGCUGAAAUAAUUAUGCUUUCCUUUCUUCUUAGGUAGUUAAAAGUAAAUCUGUAAAAGGCACUGAAAAUGCCUUAUACUUUAUCAAUAAGCAAAACAUUGUAUUUUUUAAAAACUAGUGUUCAUCUUUAUAACAGUAAAUAGGAGUUUAAACAGAAUUUUAUCAGUAGUAGUAGAUGUCCCUUUUUAAAAACUAUGUGCAUUUUUUAAUUUUACAUUUGAUCAUUCCAGUAGGAAAGGUCAAUGAGAUUUUGAUCAAAUGUGUCAUGCCAAUAAGAGAUGCCACCAUACAACGUAUAAGUCUCAAAUUUUUGCCUUUUAUUAAAAAUAUGACCAUUUUUAUUCAUUGUUUUAUUACUUAUAGUAGUCAAACUCUUUUUUUCUCUUCCUUCAGGCUCUGGUAAAGAGCUAAUUGAGUAACUUAGUGGACUAUGAGAGUUUUCUCUCUCUUAAAGAGAAUGAAUAGAAUGUGAUUGAGAAUUAUGGUAUAUUCCCCUACCAAAAUUACCCAUUUUUUGACAAUGAAUUAGAGUUGUACUACUGACGGAUGAAGGUUUGAGAACUCUCUUUGCAGAACAAUUUUUUUCUUGAAUUCUCUAUUAGAAAAAUAAAAGAUUGGUUUGAGCAUGUGAUAAAAUCUAGAUUGUUUUUUUAUUUUGAUGGUUCUCUUUCAGUAAUAAAUGAACCACUUCCAGAUGUGAUCACAAAGUUUGAAAACUUUUAUGCACAGAGAUUUGGUGGUAGAGAGGAACAUGGGUAAUUAUUCAGACUGGCCCAUUAUUUGUUUUCUUCAUUUGGGGAAAAAACAUAGGUAGAUACCAUAUGAAGACAGAGAAACAACCGUGGAAAAAUAAGAAAAGAAAUUACAGCGUUUGAUAGUUUUUCUCUUUAUUUCCAGAAUGGAUGAAAGCUCACUAAGUUAUAAUUUAAUUUGUUUGGAGCAAGGUGAUUUUAAAUUUGAGAUUGAGCCUCAAGUCCUUCCUCCCCUAUCACUUACUAAUGACUUCACUUCCAUUGUGUGCAUGUUUGUUUUAGAGGGGAGUUUUAGGCUACAAUAUUUGUUUAACCUCCCUAAGAACUUUUUAAGGCAUCUGUCCUGAAAGCUGUUAAUUUAUGGUUUAGCAGAUUUAAAUUAUAUGCAGAUAAUUAUUAACUGGGGAUAAAAGAAUGAGAAGAGUGACACAAAAUGGCAAACAGAACGCUUCACCAGUAGCAACCCCAAAACAUCUCCUCACCUUGCAUCUCGUAGGGAAGCAGGAAGUUUUUGUGUGUGUUUUUUAAGCGCUGGAACUGAAUUGUGUAUUAUUUCUUGUUGCUGCUGAAACAACCUAUAGAAGACAUACUGGCUAAUAUGCGUUGUCAUAUCUUAAUGCCAGUCUUUUGCUUUAUACACUAUAAAGUAGUUGGUGGUUUUGUUGUGUGGUAGAAGUUUCUUUUUGUUAUUUAGUUUUGCCUUUAUAGAUUAUAUGCCAAGAUAGUAUUUGAUAAGUUAAUGGCAUUUGGAUAUCUCCUUCAAAAAAUUUUAUUUGACCUGGAUUGCUUAUAAAAUUAUCUUACAUUAAUAUAUCAUUUUUAUUAUACUUUUCUUUCUGCAUGUUAUUCAUAGAGCAUAAUGUUGCAUUUCUCUAAAUUUUAUUCCUAAGAGUGUAUAACAGUACUUCCUAAUUUAUCAUCAUCAUUGUGCUUUGUCCUUCUCUUCUGUCGGUUCCUAAAACAGUUAACCCUAUGAAAUAAAUAUUGAUUGUAAUCCAGAAGGAUCUCUGUUUUCCAGUGGGGAAUGCCAUAUUUAACACCCCAGCGUUAAUCUCUUAAUAACUCAGGCAGAGCACUUUAUUAUUCUGGUGAGCUCCCUGAAUAUUUAUUUUUCUGAUUAUAAAUGUUCCAUGUCAGUAGCAUUUUUAAAUUAUUACCUCUUUAUUGUAGAGCAUUUACUUUUAAUCUCUCUAGAUGUAUAUUUUGGAAAUCUGUACUUAGGACAAUACAGAUAAAAUUCAUACUACCUGACUUUAAAACAUCCCCUAUUUGGACUUCCCAGUUUGAAUAACAAGGACAGAACGUUGCCCCUGAAGGAGCAGCCUAGAAAGAAUCCCUUGUGCUUAAUGCUUAUAGUAGCUCACAUACUUCCUAGUGAUUCAGGUUACAUUUAGAGUCUAAAGCUAAAACCUAACUUGAUCAGGAUUAAGUCAGAAAAAAGAGUUUAAAUCUUCAAAAUAUCAGUCCAGCAUUAUGUCUAAAAAAUACCUACAACAAAAAUGUCUUUGUAGUACCAUUUUCAAGGGCACUAUAUUCGGGUCACUUUUAUAGAAAAUCCUGUCUUCCUGUCCCUGUUCAAGUGUGAACCUGGUAGUGGCACGUUAACCUGCCGGUGAUGUUUGCAGUCUAGCUGUCAGGCAGGGCGGGGGACACACGCUGAGUAAUUAUACGCACAUCCAGCGUGGCUUCCAUUUGUCACUCUUCAUCCCCCAGAUAUUUUAAGGUUUUGGGUUUGGAUUCUCAAUGUACCAUUUGCCUUAUCUAUUAAUCUCUAUUUUCUGUUUCUUUACAUUUUUAAGUUUAUAUACUAGUAUAUGUCUGUGCUGUUUUGCUUUUGGAUGUAUUUUCUAAUUAAAAAUCACAUGAGAAAUUAAUCAGUAUAUUAAUACCGUAAUGAGCACAUAACAAAUAAAUGGCUGCAAUGAUGUAGA